AUGUUCGCCGUCCAAGCGAACCAAGCGAGCGCGCGCGCCGUCGUGGCGCAGAAGCGUCAAGUUCCGGCCGCCAAGCGCGCGUCCACCGUCGCGCGCGGUCACAGCGUGAAGCUCCCGGACGGCGUCUCCGCCGAAAAGCUCGGAAGAGAUGUGUUCAACACGACGUACUACCCCAAGGGCGAGGACGUUGACAUGUCGCGUAAGCCGUGGGUGGUGAUCGACGCCGCGGGCAUGCGCCUCGGUCGCAUGAGCACCGCGGCGGCGAAGUACUUGCGCGGGGGUAACUCCGGCUCGUACACCCCGGCGUUCAACAUGGGCGUUAACGUUAUCGUUAUCAACGCCGAUAAGGUUGAAGUCACGGGCCAAAAGGCGCAGCAGAAGAUGUACUACAAGCUCGGCGUAAGAGGUAAGCCGGGUUCGAUGAAGGAGGAGACGUACGAGAGCCUGUUUGCGCGCCAACCGGCUCGCGUGGUCGAAAAGGCGAUUCGGGGGAUGUUGCCGAAGAACCGAUUGGGACGGGAAACUUUCACGCACUUAAAGGUGUACGCGGGCUCAGACCACCCGCACGCCGCGCAAAACCCGACCGACGUGACCGCGGACGUCGCGGCCUCCACGCACAAGGAUGGCCAAAUCGUGGUCGCGUAA